CUACUUAGUUGAUUUAUGACCUUGGAGUGUCAUUCCGGCUCAUCAUGUGGGUGUGGACAGGUAUGGCCUGCACUGUCUUCCUCAACUGCUUCCUGAAUUGGCCGGGUGAAUCCUUCCCGGCACCAGAAGACAUCAGAUACACUAAAAUGAAUAGUGAUGAAGAUAGGACGGCUGGGGACAAGUACGUCAACAAUUUGAUGAUUGCAGAGGGAACGACGGGAGACAAAUGGCCUGAAUCAGAGCAAGAAGAGUCCCAAAGCACGACCAAAGCUGCGGUGCCAAUCUGUCACUCUGUCUGCUCUCCCAUCUUCCUGUGGAGUGUCGUCGCCAUGGCAAUCACCCAGCUGAGGCUGAUCUUCUUCAUGGGAGCCAUGAACAAGAUGCUGGAGUUCCUGGUUACUCAUGGUGACCCGAACGCUUCAGAGGAGCUACAGAGGGAGGCCGAGGAGCAAGUUGGUUUCUACUCAUCCAUCUUUGGUUCAACGCAGCUUCUGUGUCUGCUGACAUGUCCUUUGAUUGGAUACAUGAUGGACUGGAAGAUGAAAGAGUGUGAAGAGGAGAAUCCCAGCCAACUAAAAACCAAGAGCGUCUCAGAGCCCCCAAUCAGAGACAGAAAGGUCCAGAAGCUGACCAACGCCAUCAGAGCCUUCGUCUUUACCAACUUCCUUCUGGUCAUGUUUGGAGUCAUUUCCUUAAUUGACAACUUGCCCAUACAGGUGGUGUCGUUUGUUCUUCACACCAUAGUGAGAGGAUUCAUCCACUCCUGCUGUGGAGGCCUCUAUGCUGCAGUGUAUCCCACUAACCACUUCGGCACUUUGACAGGAUUCCAGUCCACCAUCAGCGCUGCUUUUGCUUUACUCCAGCAGCCCCUCUUCAUACUGAUGGUGGGCCACCUCAGAGGCGACCCUUACUGGAUCAACGUAGGACUUCUAAUCUUCUCCCUGGCCGCCUUUCUGUUGCCUUGUUAUUUGUUCUUUCACCGAAAAACCCUGAUCAGAGAGAAGGAGCAUCUAGACACCAACCCUGCCCACCAAUCAGAGAAGGAACUCGCUGACAUUAUCCAAUCAGACUGUGGAUCUCAUCAGAGACGACUUGAUGGACAUUCAGAACAUGGAAACAUAAACAAUGGGCAUCCUAUGUAAUUAGGCUGGUUUUAGGAACUAGGAAGUUGUUGUUAUUACUGAUAUCAUAACCAAUAUUACCACCUUAUUCCUCGACAUGAACACCCAUAAAAUAAACCAAAGUAAACAGAUAAAAUGAUGCAGGUCUAAGAACUACAAUGAUUCCUAUAGCUAGAACUGUUUUCUCCACAUUCUGAUGGGUUUUAGGUUUUUCCUCUUCAGGUUACAUUCAGCAGGUAUCAAUGUUCUUCACCCCAAAUGAAUGAAACUGAGGGACCUUAAUGGUAGGCUAUGUGAUGAGCCCAUUUUAUUUCUUGUUGAAUGUUAUUCACACUGAUUCUGUUAAAUUUAUCACUAAGCUGGAAGUUUUUUCUGUUAAUAAGUUAGUAAAAUCAUUUUAGAUAGGAAGCAAAUACACAGAUUCACAUUAAAACAACCAUAAAACAAGAUAAAAAAGUAAAAAAGGAAAUAAAACAAGACAGCAUAAGAAUAGUUAAUUAUCAGUUUUCAGUCAUUUAUUUUGUGACAUUGAUCCUUAAUGUAUGAAUAAUUAAAGAUAUAGAGAACAAUC